GUGAAUGAUCGUUUACAGGUGAAGAAUCUGAAAUCUAUUUUUAGCAACACUCAUAGUAAUGUUCCAAAUAUUUCCGGAGCGACCACAUGCUGGGUAUUUAUUUCUACAAUGCUGAUUAUGUUGUAAAGCUGGAUUUUCUAAGGGAAGUACAAUGCAACUGAACGUUUUACAACUAGGAUGUUGUCUCGCUCUUGUGCAGGCUGUACUGGCAUACACCGACAAGGAACUAAAAGAUAUGUUUAAAGAAACUUUUGGUAAUAUAGAAAAGGAGACAAUAAAUGGACAGGUGACUGUAGACUACGGACGUGUACCAACAUGGCUGGCAGGUAAUUUUAUGCGACAUGCAUGUGGAGCAUUUGGAGAAACCAACAACAUGAAUGAUUCAUUACCAAACUACAUUGAACACCUGUUUGAUUGUUUACAAAUAGGCAGCAAAUAUCACGUCGAAAAUGGAGACAUAUCCUUUACUCAGAGAUGGUAUGAAACUACCGUUAAUGAAAUAUACAAUACAUACGGCAGACAAAUGAAUCAAUCAAGUGUCUUUAUGGAAACUGCAUUUUCAAAAGUGAACAAAAAAAUGGUAGACAAAUGGGGAACUGAACUGUCUGAUAAAUCGAGAGUGUCAAGCGUUCCUGAUGUUAGCUGGUGGCAGAUUGGUAACCAGGCUGUUGCUAUGACAGAAGUACCUAUCGGUGUUAUUAUCGACAAUGGGGAUGUUUCUCAAAAAGGCUGGAUCAAGUACAAUGAUGAUCACCUUGGAAUACCGGAUACACCGGAGUACGGGUUUACCAAUAAUCCGGCUCACGAGCAGACGGAACAGGACGGAACUUUAUGGAUACAUUAGUUGUGACUCACUUUGUUUCGCAAACCCACCUAAAA